AUGAGAGCGCCCCAUAUCGACGCCAAGUCCGUCGACGGAAACAGUGGUACGCGGUCAACCAUUGAGCCGGUGGCACAGCCUGCUCGCCAGAAAUGGUAUCAGUGGUUUUCCCCGGACGAUACACCAGAAGAGCGGCGAUUGAUCAUGAAGCUAGACGGCCUCAUCAUGGUUUUUGUGUUCCUUGCAUACUGGGCCAAGGUGCUGGACUCUUCAGCGACAAGCACGGCUUACGUGAGUGGCAUGAAGGAGGACUUGAAACUCUAUGGGAAUCAGCUCAACUACUUGAAUACCGUCUACAUGGUGGGAUUCAUCACCAUGCAAAUCCCGUUGACAUUGCUGAUGACCCGAUUCCCUGUGAACUACUUCCUCCCCGCCGCAGACCUGCUUUGGGGAGUGUUUACCCUAGUGCAGUAUAAGGUCAAUAACGUGAACCAACUCUACGCGUUCCGCUUCUUCGUCGGAGCUCUGGGAGGUUUCUUCUUCCCCGCGGUACAGUGGUACAUGGGAAGCUGGUAUAAGCGCUCUGAGAUGAACCGAAGGGGUGCUAUAUUCUUCAUUGCCAGUCAAAUCGGGAGUAUGAGCUCAGGUUAUAUCCAAAGUGGUGCGUAUGCCACGCUGAACGGAGUCCACGGGAUUGAGGGUUGGAGGUGGUUGUACAUCAUCUGCUUCGCAUGCACCAUCCCCAUCGCGCUCAUUGGCCUCUGCCUUCUCCCCGGCACGCCAGAGAACUGCACCUCCAGACUCCUCAGUACCCACGAAAUCCAACUAGCACAAUCCCGCAUGGCCUCUGAGCACCGCGAGCCCCGGCAGCCCUUCACCUGGCCAAAAAUCAAGACGAUCCUCUCAGGCUGGCACUUCUGGGUCCUGGUCUCCUUCGCCUUCUUCUUCUCCCAAGCCGACGGCGUCUCCUCCAACAGCGGUCUGCCCCUAUGGCUCAAAGCCGAGAACUACGGCGUCGAGGAUAUAAACACCAUCACCACCGUUUCCCCCGCGGUGACAAUCGUGUGGUCUAUUUUUUGCGGGAUAGUAGCUGAUGCGUAUGAUGCCAAGGUUGGGCUCAUUGCUCUGACGGCGGGGAUGAAUAUCUUCGCGAGUGUCGUGCUGGCUGCUUGGGAUGUGCCGACUGGGCUCAAGUUCUUUGCUUUCUUCCUUUCGGGGUCGGCGGAUGGUAUUGCGGCUGUUAUCUAUGCGUGGGCUAACGAGAUUUGUGCUGGGAGUGCGGAGGAGCGCGCGCUGGUGAUUAGCUCGAUGAACACGAUUGGGAAUACGUUUGGGGCUUGGCUGCCGCUCUUUGUAUGGAAGACUGUGGACGCACCACGGUAUCUGAUUGGGUAUAACUGGACUAUUGCGCUUGAUGUCUGUAUGCUACUUAUGCUCUUUAUAUUGCGAGGUUUCUGGAAUCGGGAGAUGAAGGUCAAGAAUAUCUAG